AUCAAUAUCAAGUCGAAGAGCGCUUUGGCCACCGUUUCGGCCAUUAUAGACGGCACCGGCUCUAUAGGGGCUGCCGUCGGACCCGCUAUAGCCGGUUAUGUGGAGGGCUUCGGGUGGGGGCUCGGCUUUAAUGAAUACAAAACUCUUUAUAAGCAACGAAAAGCCAAACAGAAUAAUAACGUAUCGAUGGAUCAAAUCCAACACAAUUUGGAUGACAUCAGGCGUCGUGUGUCGGAAGCGGUCGCCCGAAGAGCUGAGGCCAGGGGUGGGGGCGAGAAGUCGGUCAAACUGGUGGCCGCCUCGAAGACACAGCCGCCCGAGAAGAUAGUGGAGGCCUACCGGUGCGGUCAGCGGGUCUUCGGCGAGAACUACAUCCAAGAGUUGUGCGCCAAGAGUGCGGACCCGUUGAUUGUGGCCGAGUGUCCGCACAUCGAGUGGCGACUCAUUGGACACAUUCAGACCAAUAAAAUCAACCAAUUGUUACGAGUGGACAGAUUGACGGCCGUAGAGACCAUCGAUUCGCCCAAAUUGGCUCAAAGUCUGGAGAAGGCGUUGUCUGUGCGCAACCGUACGCUGGAAGUGAUGGUUCAGAUCAACUCCGGCGACGAAGACGUGAAGACGGGCUGCCAUUUCACCGAAGCCGAGGCGUUGGCGCGAUUGAUACGCGCCGACUGUCCGCACCUGAAGCUGACGGGACUGAUGACUGUCGGCCGCUUUGGCCACGACUGGAGCGCUGGACCUAAUCCUGAUUUCUUGGCGUUCGUCGGCAAUCAUCGGUCCAUUUGCGAGGGUCUGGCUAUUAGUGAGAGCUCUCUUGAGCUUAGCUUCGGAAUGACGGCUGACUUCGAAGAGGCGAUCGGUUUGGGCAGCGAUGAGGUACGGGUGGGAACCGCACUCUUCGGCGAA